UUAAUUUUUAUAUAAUUUUAUUUUGUUUUUAUAGGUUAUGGUCACAUAGCUCCAAAAACGCAAUGGGGAAAAGUGGUAACGAUCGUUUAUGCAAUUUUGGGGAUUCCCUUAAUGUUACUGUGUCUUUCGAAUAUUGGUGAUAUCAUGGCGACGUCUUUCCGGUUUUUAUACUGGAAGGUUUGCUGUUAUGUUUGCACUAAAAAGCCGAAAAAGCCGAAGCGGGCUCGAUCUACGCGAAGUGUGCAAAGGACACCUAAUCGAACUUGGAGAUCUCGAACAGCAUCUUUCCGCCGUUCAGCAAGAACAUCAACGCGUUCCCAAGAUAGCGGUUUUGGAAGAUCGGAAUUCGCCUCAACCAGCCAUUCGGACACGGAACUUCGUUAUCACGAUGAAAUGCCCCGAUUAAGAUCGUCGCCAUCCGAGGUUUAUCGCCAUCAACAACACCAACAUCAAAACAGACCGAAUUCUUCGAUUGGAAUUGAAAGGGGAGGUGCUUCGUCAUCGCAUCGUUCGCGAUAUUCGGAAGCUACGACGGCUUCCGUCGCGACGGCUUCCGCUUUAACCGGAAGUAGAGGAGGUUCUUUAGAUAGGAGGAAAAUGCAGGCGGCGUCGUCUCGAAAUUUAGAGGCGAUGGUCGAUUCGAGCAAUGUUGAAAAGACUUCGGUGUAUUGUAAUCGAUAUGCUAUGGAAAAAAUGGAUCAUUCGGUGGGAAAUCAUGUGAAUCAAACAAAGAAAUUUUCAAGACCAAAACAAUUUCCUUCACCCCCUCACGGUCGAAGAGCGAUUUCAAUGCCACGCACUCAAUACCACUUAGAGCUCCCCCGAGAUAGCUCCCCAACAUCCUCUUUAUACCACGAAAGAGGUGACACAGGCGGCGGGGAAGACUCCUCAAUAAAAAGUUCCAACACUUUAACAACAACCCGCCAAAAAAGGAAGAAACCAGCCUACCAUCCAAGCCCGGCCAUCAUGUCACCCUUAGGUUACGGCCAUCGCAGCAAAUACCUUGACGACCCCGUUUCCGACGACGAUUACGCCACCGAUAACAACGAUUAUUACGACUCGGAACGAGUUCGAACUCGUCCCGUUCCAAUCUGGUUGUGCGUCUUCCUGGUUAUUAGUUACAUAAUAGCAGGAACUUUUUUAUUCGCACACUGGGAAUCUUGGUCUUACUUAAAUUCCGCAUACUUCUGCUUCAUCACUUUAACAACAAUCGGUUUCGGCGAUUUAUUCCCAUCGCAACGCGUCGAAGAUUUAAGCGGAUACAAACAAAACAUCGCGUUUUGCAGUUUAUAUUUGUUAUUUGGGAUCGCUUUGUUAGCGAUGAGUUUUAAUUUGGUUCAGGAGGAGGUCAUCGCGAACGUUAAAAAGGUUGCGAAAACUUUGGGGAUUAUCAAGCCGGAUGAUGACGACGACGACGACGACGAUGAAUAAGAAUCCGCUUCAUUUCCACUUUUACUCAACACCAGUUAUAAUUUUGGAGUUGAACCCGAAAUAACAAUUUGUCGCGGUUGCAAAGUUCAAAUUCAAACUAAAACAUCCACGAAGCCCACCGCCAAAACGCAUCUUCACGCUCUACUUUUAUUUCUCGCCUUAUGUUGGCCUUGCGUUUGUCUCCCCUACGUUAUGAAACGUUGCCAAAAAGUCGAGCAUUACUGCCCCGUUUGCAACAUAUUAUUAGGAGUUUGUAAACAAUAAAAAUAAAUGUUUAUUUGAA